AUGACGAAUCAUCAGAAGCUGCAGCGGCUACGACAAGAAGGAUACCUCUCGAUUACUGCCGAGGCAGAAUCAGACUGCCCGCAAAUUCUUGUCAGCCUUCACCAGAGUGUAGCCAGCAACCUUCUCCGGCGCGGCUCCUUAGCCGAUUGUGUUCACCAGCACUUCAUAUAUAACAGAGACUGGACCGUAUACCGAAAAUUUGCUUUCGAGAAGAUAGAUAGCAAAACAAUUGAUGGGGACAGGAACUGGAAUGAAAUCGCAACUGUCUUCUCUGAGGGGAAUAUAUAUGAAUAUAGCGCGCGCGAAGUAUAUCGUAUAUGGAGAGAAGAAGUGGACAAGUAUAGUAUUAUACAAGAGCAGCCCUCGAGGCUUGAGCCUCCACGACUGCCCGUCCGCAAACGACGGUCAACUGGAGCUAUUCGAGAAGCAAAGGGGGAAAAUAAGCGGAACUAUACUUAUGCAAGGGAAAACGAGGAAGCAGCUAAAAAGAUGGAAGAGAAUGGAGAAAGAGGCGAGGACAGAGAUGCAAAGUUGACGCUAGGCUCUUCCAGUCAGGCCUCGGACGACCACCUCGCAGCUAUUGGACUGAGCAUGUUACGAAAGUGA